AUGAAUCUAAAUUUAUCCUCCAUCUCACCAGGGAACCAAAAGAAGCUAAAGAGUCCCACCGCCUUCCUGUUAGACUUCCCCAUGAGGACUAACUACAUGUAUGCCAGGAUGAGGCGGUCAGUGGUGACGGAGAUCUUUGCCUUGACCAUCUGCCUGUGGCUGAAGGCAGGUGCAGGUCCUGGUCUUGGAACUCCCUUCUCCUACGCGGUGCCCGGGCAAGCUAAUGAGCUGGUACUAAUUGAAUGGGGCAGCAAUCCCAUGGAGCUGCUAAUUAACGACAAGGCAGCAACUUUGCCCAUAACUAUGACAGAUGAAAAGUGGCAUCACGUAUGCGUGACGUGGUCCACACGUGAUGGUGUCUGGGAGGCCUACCAGGACGGAGCGAAGAAAGGCUCAGGGCAGAACCUGUCAGCCUGGCACCCAAUCAAACCAGGAGGGAUUUUCAUCCUUGGUCAGGAGCAGGACACAAUGGGAGGCCGCUUUGACGUCACUCAGUCUUUUGUGGGAGAGCUGUCGGAUCUCCAGUUCUGGUCCAGGGUGUUGACAUCCAGUGAGAUUUACAGCCAAGCAACCUGUGGCGGCCACCUUGUUGGUGAUGUCAUGUCAUGGUCGGAGGAGUCGGUUGAGCUCCACGGAGGCCUCACUGAGCUUUCUUUUGAUCCCUGCCACUAA